ACUGUUUUGAAAGGUUGUUGGCAAAUAUUUGCCUUAAAAAAAGCCUGUAAAAAUGGAUAAAAAGGCUGUAACAACGCUGUCAGACGCGGAGCCUAUUGACUGUGUUGAAAGUGCAGUUUUAGAAAGAAACCCCCUGCAGAAGAUAAGCACCUUAUCAACAAAUGUGCACAUGGGUCUCCUUAACCCACCUGAAGUCGCAGUUAAACUGUCCACGAUUAAAGGGGAUUAUCAGUACUUUCAUUACGGCUGUGAUGGCCAGGAUGACAGGGGUUGGGGGUGCGGAUACCGGACUAUUCAAACCAUGGCGUCCUGGCUCCACUACAACCUCUCCCCAGCUGCUGAGGCACCGAGCCUGCCUGACAUCCAGCGAGCCCUGGUCGCCAUGGGGGACAAGCCCGAGUCGUUCGCCUGCUCCAGGGAGUGGAUAGGGACGGUGGAAGCCUCCCUGGUGCUGGACUAUUUCUGUCACGCUCCCUGCAGGCUGGUGCAUGUCAGGGGUGGAGGGACGGAGCUGGAGAGGGUUGCAGUGCAGGAGCUCCAUCAGCACUUCGAGAGGCACGGAUCUCCUGUCAUGAUGGGUGGAGACAGGGACGGCUCCUCCAAGGGCAUAUUCGGGGUGUGCACUGGACUAAAGGGGAGCCACCUAUUAGUCGUGGAUCCCCACUAUUAUGGGUGUCGGCUGGAGAGGACGGAGCUGCAGAAGCGAGGCUGGGUGGCGUGGAAACCAGUGUCAUCUCUGGACCAGUCCUCUUUUUAUAAUCUGUGCAUGCCUCAGACUGCCAGAAAAACAACAUGACAAAGCCGCUUUUGCUUCAAAAUGAGCUUUAGUGCCAUCACGUGGUUGAAGUUAAGAAAUGCUGGUUAUCUGUUCAGCUGUUGAAUCAAAUCUGGUUGUUAAAUGAGACCUUCUUUUCUUUUUUUUUGUUAAGUUAAAACAGUUCACCAACAUCUUAAUUAAAUAUUUGUGACCUAUUUUGGUCUGAAUACCACAUAAAUCUGGUACAAAACUAUACUUUUCAAGCAUGUUUCUACACUAAUGUUCAAUCCAUCCGGUUUAAAAGGGGGCGGGGUUUACACAUAGGCCCCACCCCCUGUCCUAUGUGGAUUUUGAUUGGAGGAAAACAGUUGUUGUAAACUAUGAAUAAAAUGAAUAUUAGGAGAAUUGUUCACAAUAAGCUAUUGUAAAAGUAAAAAAAAAACUUCCACAGUUAAUUUAUUUUAUUUGUAAAUGAAUAAUUCUUUGAUGUUAUAUUCUUGAAUUUUGAGUUUUCUUUUAUAGUUUCACAAAAUAAACUUUUUGUAU